UUAGCGGAAGUGCUGUUGUCGCUCGCUCUCGGUGUCUUUCCGCCGUUCUGAAGUUGUCUGGAAGUUUACCUUUUCAGGUUUGGCCCAUGAGCUCAGUUGGUUUCAACAGUUUGGAAGUAAGAUGAGCGGACAGACGGUGCCCGCGGACUUCUCGGGACACAUGCUGGACCUGGACGAGGACGAAGACCUGGAGGUUUUCAGCAAGAACACAUCGCUGGCUGAUGGAAGUCCCAUGCCUACCUCUCCCAGCUCCAUGGUCAACCAGUACAGACUGGAGGAGGAGCAGCAGGACGCCAACACCAGAGACCUCUUCGUCAGCGUUGAUAACCCAGAGAGCCAUGUCACGGCCAUCGAAACCUUCAUCAUGUACAGAGUGGUGACCAAGACCACUCGGAGCGAGUUUGACUCCAGUGAGUUCGAGGUGCGCCGGCGCUACCAGGACUUCCUGUGGCUCCGAAGCAGACUGGAAGAAAACCACCCGACACUCAUUGUCCACCCGCUGCCGGAGAAGUUCGUGAUGAAGGGCAUGGUAGAGCUCAACGACGACUUCAUCGAGACCAGGCGGAAAGCCCUGCACCGCUUCCUCAACAAGAUCUCCGCGCACCCCAUACUGUCUUACAGCCAGCACUUCAAAGUCUUCCUCACUGCUGAGGAGUUGAUGUCUCACAAGAAGCAGGGUCCGGGCUUCCUGAGCAGGAUGGGGGAGACGGUGAGGGCGGUGGCCAACUCGGUGCGAGGCCUGAGGAGCCGGCCCGAGGAGUUCACGCUGAUGCAGGAGUAUGUGGAGGACUUCAGUACCAAGAUCUGCUCUGUGGACAAAGUCACGCAACGGAUCAUCAAGGAACAGAGAGAGUAUCUGGACGAGCUGAAGCAGUACAGCCCCACCUACAGCCAGUGGGCGGAGUCAGAGGAGGAGCUGGCCGAGCCGCUGAGGGCCGUGGCCAGCUGCGUGGAGCGAUGCGGUCUGGAAACGGAGGAGCAGAUCCAGCAUCUGUCUGAAGUCCUCGUCCCUGCUCUGCACGAGUACGUCCUCUGUGCCGAGACCCUGAAGGCUGUUAUGAGACGGAGAGACAACAUCCAGGCGGAGUUCGAAGCCAAGAAGGAGGCCCUGGAAUCCAGAAGAGUGGACCAAGAAGCACUACAGACACGAGGUGGAUGGUCUGGCGGACCGCGUGGAGCUAGCCAACAACGCCUUGAAGGGGGACUGGUCCCACUGGAAGAACAGCAUGAAGAACUGACCUCAAAUCAGCCUUUCUAUCCACCGCCGAGAAGAACGUGGGGUACUACGAGCAGUGCCUGGCUGUGUGGGAGUCGUUCCUCCUGUCUCAGAGAGUGGAGCCCAGCGAGCACAACGAUGGGGAAGACGCCUCUUAGAGGUGUGGACACGAUCCAAACGCCUGUCCAGCAGACACUGUUGUCUCUCCAGCACAACCAAAAAUAGACUUUGAACCAAUGUCCACUUAUGCCAACAUGCAUCAUGUAAGAAACAAGCACGCUCUUCAUUCUAUGUCUCUGUCUGUCUGUCUCUGUCUGUCUGUCUGUCUGUCUCUGUCUGGCCAAAGAAGUUGAUGCAAACCAGCCAUUCCAGUGAUAAUGGUGCAACCAACACUGUGAUCCAACUAUCCACAUUUUAAGGGUUAAACUUGUCUUUGUGCCUUGCCAAAAGUUAAAAGAAGACUCCUGGCUCUUCUUUCCAAUACUUAGGUAGAUUAGUAUGGAUUUACAAUACACAGGCUCUGAUUGGUCGGGAUCCAGCAUGAAGUCCGCCUUGUGUUUUGGCCAAGUCACAGCUAGAAGCUUUGAUCUAAUUGGAUCAAGUAAAUUAAUAAUAAUAAUAAUGCAAUAGCACGCCUUUGACUGAAAGGUCUUGCAUCUAUAAUGUGUUGUCAUUUAUUUCAUAUAGACGAAUCAGCCAGUGCAGAUUUAUACAAAGAGUGUACACUAAAAAGUAAAAUUAUAAAAUGUCAUCAGAAGAAAUGCAUUGAACCUCCAUCUAGAGCUCGGGUUCUCAGAAUGCUCUCAGUAACAGGACUGGUGGUCUCCCGGUGCCCAGAAGCCUUAACUGAUCUGGUUGUUUGGGCCCAUGGAGAUUUCACGUUUACAUGUCGGAUGAAGACCAGCUACAGUGUCUUUGUAACAGAACGCUCAAAAAUAAUGUUUUUAUACUGAUAUCUUUUUUCUCUUGCUUGCUUUUAUCACUGCUUAUGUAAAAAAAGGUAAGAAUAAAGUUGAUUUUGAGAUGUUGCGAUAAUAAUAAAGACACAAGCUCACACCAU